AUGAUAAAUGCACAUAAUGUUGUUCGAAUUCUUCCGAAUUUAGUUUCAAGGCGAUUACCCUCUAGUGAAUCAACUACAUUUUCUGCUAAAGACGAAGAAGUAGCAGAACGUCUUUUCGAUAAUAUUAACACAAUUAUGAAUAGUACGACAUAUCAUUCUGAAAACGAAAGUACUUUUGACUAUGAUGUUAAUCUUGAUUCGGACACAGAAGAGUCCGAUACAGAUAGUGAUGAAACUACUAUGAAUGAAUUAGACAAGACUGAUUAUACAAUUAAUAACAGUGAUAAAAAGAAUACUCUAUUAAAUCAGUUUUCUUUAGAAUAUAUGGAUUAG